AUGGCGCUUGGGCUGCUCAUCGCCGUGCCAUUGCUACUGCAGGCGGCGCCCCCCGGCGCGGCGCACUACGAGAUGAUGGGCACCUGCCGCAUGAUCUGCGACCCGUACGGCGCAGCACCCGGCGGGGGGCCCGCCGGCGCCAAGGCGCCGCCGCCUGGACCCAGCACUGCCGCGCUGGAAGUCAUGCAGGACCUGAGCGCCAACCCUCCGCCCCCUUUCAUCCAGGGACCCAAGGGCGACCCGGGGCGACCCGGCAAGCCGGGGCCACGGGGGCCCCCUGGAGAGCCGGGCCCGCCUGGACCCAGGGGUCCCCCGGGGGAGAAAGGCGAUUCGGGGCGACCCGGGCUGCCCGGCCUGCAGCUGACGGCAGGCGCUACUGGCGGUGUCGGGGUGGUAGGUGGCGGAACUGGGGGCGGCGGCGACUCCGAAGGCGAAGUGACCGGCGCGCUGAGCGCCGCCUUCAGCGGUCCGAAGAUAGCCUUCUAUGUGGGUCUUAAGAGCCCCCACGAAGGCUACGAGGUGCUCAAGUUCGACGACGUGGUCACCAAUCUCGGCAAUCACUACGACCCCACUACCGGCAAGUUCAGCUGCCAGGUGCGCGGUAUCUACUUCUUCACCUACCACAUUCUCAUGCGCGGCGGCGACGGCACCAGCAUGUGGGCGGACCUCUGCAAGAACGGGCAGGUCCGGGCCAGUGCCAUCGCUCAGGACGCCGACCAGAACUACGACUAUGCCAGUAACAGCGUGGUGCUGCACCUCGAUUCAGGGGACGAGGUGUACGUGAAGCUGGACGGUGGGAAGGCGCACGGAGGCAACAACAACAAAUACAGCACAUUCUCGGGCUUUCUUCUGUACCCGGAUUAGCCGCGCUGGGAGCGGGCAGAGUGGCUUCAGGCCGCCCC